AUGCUCGCAUCGCUCCUCGUCUCAUGCUUACUGGGUUCCGCUGGGUUUGCAGCCCUAGCAGAAACGACUGAUCACAGUACGACCAUCCCGAACAACGAUCCACGAAUCUUCUACCAUGGGCGUUGGGAUAAGGCACCUUCGACUUGGUGGGCAGGUUCCGGCUUCAAGCUGCAUGCGGAAGGUCUUAAAUCGCUCUCGCUGAUGCUCGGCCCGAACACGACCGACCCGCUGACUUCUGUCGGUGUAUCUCUGGACUAUGGCAACUUCACCACGCUUAAUGUAUCGGAAGGCGUCAAUGUGGUGCAAGUCCACGAACAUGGCGCGAGGGUUGUGCGCAUCAACGUCGAAGGAUGGCAGAACAACAACUUGAACCUCUUGGGCGUCGAGACCAACGUGGAUGCCAAACUCCUGACCUAUAAACCGUCUCGCAUCGCCUUUCAGUUCAUCGGAGAUUCACUCUCAGCUGGACAAUAUCUACCUCAGGGAGUCGAUCAAGCUUGGCCUUUCCUCACAGGCGAGCACUUCAAGGCCGAACACGUCGUCACUGCUCAACCGGGAGCCGCUCUUAAGGACAUUGUGAGCUAUGGCAACCAACACGGUGUAUCAUUCCAGUUCUUCCGCACUGAGGACACUGGGUACUUUUACACCCCCGAUCACAACUAUACGACGCCCUGGAACUUCAAGAAUGACCACCCGCAGCCCAGUCAUGUCGUCAUACACAUCGGAGCGAAUGAUGCCUCUCAGAAUGUAACGGCAGACGACUUCGUCUCUACAUACCUGACCUUCGUACACAACAUGCGGGUCCAUUACGCUCAUCAGCCGAUCUUUGUCUUCACCCCUUGGGGAUGGCCGAACCCGGACGACACCAUCAAUUAUUACUACGAAGGAAGCUAUGAACGGAUCGUAUCCUCCUUACACAACGAAGGAGAUCAGAAUGUCUUCCUCGUCAACACUACAGGCUGGGUCAGUUACGAGGAUGUAUUCCCAGACAACAUCCACCCGAACGUGGCAGGGCACGCCAAGAUCGCUGGCUUAUUCGAGGCAUGGCUCGAAAACUGGGGUCUGCACCCUGAUGAGGAGUGGACGACGCUCGUUUGA